AUGGUCAGAGGAAUCUUUAAGAACUUGGUCAUUGCCACAGCGGCGCCUAUGCCUGACCAAUUCACAGAUGAGAACCUCAACUCAUGGAUAACGCAGCGGAAGGGCAGAUUUACCAAGGACUUGGAUGAUUCGGUCACUCACCUUCUAUGCACAACAGAACAGUACAAGUCUCGCAACAAGAUACCACGCAUGAAGGAAGCUCUGCUCAGGAAGAAGCUUCGCAUCGUCCAUCUGGACUGGCUUGACUUCUCCUGUAACCGAAAUCGCAAGCUCCCGGAAAAGGACUUCAACUUCCAGGCCCUUCGAGACGAGGAGAAGGCUCAGAAGAGACUACUCAUGGCGAAAACCAAGGCCAAGAAGAACCUUGCCAUGGGCGAGAGGUGGAUCAAUCCUGACUUGUACACCACUUUUGUGGACAAGUAUAACUUCGAGUACAAGGCCGAGCUGGCGCGGACUACCCAGGACGAGUUUGGUACUGACCACGAGAAAUACGUCUUGCAUCUCUUCCAGUCCAACGCCAAACCGAGACUCUACUGGUUCGCCGCCAAAAUGUACAAAAAGACGGAGGGCAAGUGCUGGCGAGAGGCCGGCAUCCAUCGGCCUCGUGACUGCUCCGGCUCCUUCAAGUCGGAGCUUGCCAGUUUCAAGGCUUUCUUCAAACUGAAGACGGGUAUCGACUGGUGUGACAGAAUCUGGAAGGCUGGCACUCGUGUCGACGGCUACCACUUUCAGUAUAGGCCCCCCACCGGCGGUAAGCCUGUUGGCGGAUCCCUCGCUAACGGGUGGACUGUCGAAGAGUGCUGGGUUCAGAAUCGCGAGCUUCGUUUGCUGUACCAGGAACUGUUCGGCGACGAGUACGACGAGUCUCUGGACCAGAAUGGAGGCCAGGGUCCAAGUGGCCACGAUGGUCAAUCUGGCUCCAACACCACUUCGCACUGGCCGGAUCAACAGUGGUGUUGAUCCGAGCAUCCUGCUCCAGGGCCUCACAACAGCCAACAAGGCGAUCGAGACCGGGCCCAACGAACCAGCAGUGACAGGUGGGAAGGACGUCGCACGUCGUAUCAACAGUGCUUAUACCAUACGCACGACGACCAUGAUGAUGUGUAUGACAUCUAAAGAACCCGUCAUCCGAGAGUGAAACCCGGAUCAGGAAUCCAUGAGCUCUUCGAUACCUUUCCUCUCUUGCUUUUUUCUUCCUCUUUAGCUACUUCUCCAUAGCACAGUUCAGAAACCGAGGAAAGGGAGAACUCAUAUAUC